ACUCCUUCUGUCCACUACACUCAUAUCAAAAUGGCCGCCAUCAUGAAGUCCGCUGUUCGCAGCUCCGUGCGCCCCACCGUCAGCGGCCGGUCCGCCCGCGUGGUGCCCCGCGCUGCCAUCGAGUGGUACGGCCCCGACCGCCCGAAGUUCCUGGGCCCCUUCUCGGAGGGCGACACCCCCGCCUACCUGACUGGCGAGUUCCCCGGCGACUACGGCUGGGACACCGCCGGUCUGUCGGCUGACCCGGAGACCUUCAAGCGCUACCGCGAGUUGGAGCUGAUCCACGCCCGCUGGGCCAUGCUGGGCGCUCUGGGCUGCAUCACCCCCGAGCUGCUGGCCAAGAACGGCAUCCCGUUCGGUGAGGCUGUCUGGUUCAAGGCCGGCGCCCAGAUCUUCGCUGAGGGCGGCCUGAACUACCUCGGCAACGAGAACCUGAUCCACGCCCAGUCCAUCAUCGCCACCCUGGCCUUCCAGGUUGUGGUGAUGGGCCUGGCUGAGGCCUACCGCGCCAACGGUGGCCCCCUGGGCGAGGGCCUGGACCCCCUGCACCCCGGUGGUGCCUUCGACCCCCUGGGCCUGGCUGACGACCCCGACACCUUCGCUGAGCUGAAGGUGAAGGAGAUCAAGAACGGCCGCCUGGCUAUGUUCUCCAUGUUCGGCUUCUUCGUCCAGGCCAUCGUGACCGGCAAGGGCCCCAUCCAGAACCUGGACGACCACCUGGCCAACCCCACCGCCGUGAACGCGUUCGCCUACGCCACCAAGUUCACCCCCUCGGCCUAAACUCUGCUUGCCUCGAGGCCUUCUUGACUUGAGUGAGCUACAGAGCUAGCGCUGCGGCUGUUGAUAUGCAUGUUAGUGGAGUGCCUGGCAGGGACUGCCGGUGAAUCAAGUGGAGUAGGUGUGCUGCUUGAGAGCUAACAUGUACCAAUAACCGAAGUUGCGCGCCGCGGACGUGCGGUUGCGCGUUGUUUUCUCGGUAUGUACUCUCACUGAUUGGCGAGCCGCCCCAACGGCCGACAGCGUUGGGUGGCCCCGCCUGUACUAUGGUUUACGGGUGUUUGUGAGCUGGUGGUUUGUUGCGUCGCGCAGCGGUAAUUGUUUUUCCGGAAUGAAGCGGGGUAACCCGCGGAGGAGGCCCAAACACAUACCCAUACAGGGACAUGGGUUCUCGACAAUGACACGAAGGACGCAAGCACACGCGCUGCUUUGCGCGGCUCGGUGUAACACGUCUUGGAU